AAAACGACAUUUUAGUAAUAUUACUAUUGGUGAUCUCUUUUAAGUAAGAAAUACACGUAAGUAUCUGCGUAAAGGUUCCAGUCAUAUGACUGAAGGGGUAAAGGUCAACCCUGUUGAAGAGAAACAUGGCGGCUCCCAUUGACAGGAUGGGACUGCUGUUAGUGAUCCUGUUGCCUGUCCUUUUUAGCAUCUCUCACGCUGUGGAUCGCAGUAACUUCAAAACAUGUGAUAAAAGUGCCUUCUGCAAGCGUCAGAGAGAUGUGAAGCCUGGACAGUCUCCGUAUAGAGCCCUGCUGGAGACAUUGGAGCUCAGUAAUACUCGCCUUACACUGCAGCUAAUCAAUGACAACAACAAGGUGCGAUUACUGCUGGAGCUCUACAGGCUGCAGGGGAACAUGACACGGGUCAAAAUUAAUGAACUCAAACCGCUCAAGCCGCGAUAUGAGGUGCCGGAUGUUCUUGUCAAAGACCCUCCUACUGAACCGCUCUCGGUGCUGGAUCGAGAUGAGAAUGGCGUGGUCCUCUCCCUCGGGGCGGACUCCCAGCGACUCAUCAUCAGCGCCCGUCCCUUCCGUCUCGAUAUCGUGGACGGGCCGAACGUCCUGCUGUCCAUCAACUCCCGAGGCCUGCUGGUGUUCGAGCAGCUCCGCCUGCGCAAGGACACUAUCUCUCAUAAAAUAACUAGCACAGUCGGUAGCAUGUGGGAUAAGAUCAAGAACGUGUUCUCUAGUAAAAGUGAGACAGACUCUGAAGGAGGUGAAGAUGUGGAACAGAAUGUAGCUGAGAAGGGUGAGGAGGAGGAGGAGGCGAAGGAGGAGGAAGAUCAGCCAGGCAUGUGGGAAGAGACCUUCAAAUCUCACAGUGACGGCAAGCCCAAUGGCCCAACCUCCAUCAGUUUAGACUUCUCUUUUCCCGGAGUUGAACAUGUCUACGGCAUUCCAGAACAUGCAGACACCCUCAAACUUAAAUCAACAGAAGGAGGGGACCCGUACCGGCUGUACAAUCUGGACGUGUUCCAGUACGAGCUCAACAACCCCAUGGCUCUGUACGGCGCCGUGCCCGUGCUCCUCUCGCACACCGCAGAGAGAACCAUGGGCAUCUUCUGGCUCAACGCAGCCGAGACCUGGGUGGACAUCGGCUCCAGUGCAUCCGUGCAGGGUGGCAGUGAGAAGUCCCAGACAGACGUGCGCUGGAUCUCUGAGAGCGGCAUCAUCGACGUCUUCGUUAUGCUUGGACCCCGCCCUACUGACGUGUUCUCCCAGUACGCCUCCCUCACAGGUACUCAGUCUUUCCCCCCACUCGCUGCCUUGGCUUACCAUCAGUGCCGGUGGAACUACAAUGACCAGGAGGAUGUGAAGGCCGUGGACGAUGGCUUUGACGAGCACGACAUUCCAUACGACUUCAUUUGGCUGGACAUUGAACACACAGACGGCAAGCGCUACUUCACCUGGGACCCACUUAAGUUCUCUCAGCCUCGUGAAAUGCUUCAGAACCUGAUGGACAAAAAGCGAAAAAUGGUCACCAUUGUGGACCCUCACAUCAAGGUGGACAGCGGUUACAAGAUCCACAAAGAGAUCAGUUCGAAGGGUUUUUACAUUAAAAAUAAAGAUGGCGGUGACUAUGAAGGAUGGUGCUGGCCAGGGAAUGCCGGUUACCCAGACUUCACCAAGCCUGAAAUGAGAGCCUGGUGGGCCAGUAUGUUUGCUUAUGACCAGUAUGAGGGCUCCAUGGAAAACCUCUACACGUGGAAUGACAUGAACGAGCCCUCUGUGUUCAACGGGCCCGAGGUCACUAUGCACAAGGAUGCCGUGCACGGGGCGUGGGAGCACAGGGACGUCCACAACCUGUACGGCUUCUACGUGCAAAUGGCCACUGCCCAGGGUCUUAUCCAGAGGUCUGGGGGAGUGGAGAGGCCUUUUGUCCUGACCAGAGCUUUUUUCGCCGGAUCCCAACGUUAUGGUGCCGUGUGGACCGGGGAUAACGCGGCCGAGUGGGGCCACCUGAAGAUGUCCAUCCCCAUGUGUCUCAGCCUGGGCCUGGUGGGCAUCUCAUUCUGUGGAGCCGACGUCGGCGGCUUCUUCAAGACCCCCAGCCCGGAGCUGCUGGUGCGCUGGUACCAGGCGGGCGCUUAUCAGCCCUUCUUCCGCGCUCACGCUCACCUGGACACGCCGCGGCGCGAGCCCUGGCUCUUCGGGCCGGAGAACACGGCGCUGAUCCGCGAGGCGGUGCGGCAGCGCUACACCCUGCUGCCCUACUGGUACCAGCUCUUCUACCACGCCCACCGCACCGGCCAGCCCGUCAUGAGGCCUCUGUGGGUUGAGUAUCCUGAAAAUGCUGCUACGUUUGCUAUUGAAGAUGAGUUCUUGCUGGGUAAAGACCUGCUUGUUCAUCCAGUCACUGAUGAAGGAUCGCGUGGAGUAACUGCCUACUUGCCAGGGGACGGAGAGGUUUGGUAUGAUGUCCAUACAUACAAGAAGCACCAGGGAAACCAGAACCUUUACAUUCCUGUAACCAUGAACUCCAUUCCUGUCUUUCAGAGGGGCGGCUCUGUCAUCAGUAGGAAGGAGCGCGUGCGGAGGUCGUCUUUGUGUAUGCAAGAUGACCCGUACACUCUCUAUGUGGCUGUCAGUGCACAGGGAACGGCAGAGGGAGAACUUUACAUUGACGAUGGCCACACCUUCAAUUACGAAAAGCAGCAGUUUAUUCACAGGCGUCUGACCUUUGCUGAAGGCACAUUGUCAUCAAGCAACCUGUCUCCAGACUCUCAGUUCUCCACAGCCUCUUGGAUAGAGAGGGUGGUCUUCAUGGGAGUCACCAAACCUAACACUGCUACUCUCAGGACUGCUGAUGGCUCUGAGUCUGCUCUGGAGUUUGAGUUUGAUCCUUCCUCUGAGCUGCUCUCUCUGCGUAAGCCUGGGGUGAACGCAGGGGCCGAGUGGACCAUUCAGCUGCGGUAACCCGCGGCUGUGAGUGUGGGCUCGCAUACGUCCUCCUCUGCUGUUAAAGAGCAGGGGAAGUUUAGCACUUACAGCUGUUUUACACACACAGACACACACAGACACACACAGACACACACAGACACACACAGACACACACAGACAGACACACACAGACACACACACACAUACAGACAACAACACAUGCAUUCAAAAGCACUCAGCUUUGCAGGGUGGAAGUUUGGGAUUAGGUGUCCAUUCAGGGAAAAAUCCGUAGACAUGUAGGGGAUGGGAUUAACCUUUUUAGAUGUUUGUUUCUCUUCUGCCACCGGAAACCAGGCAUUGAGACUUCAGCUUGCUAGGGCCACGUUUUUAGACUAUUUCUUAGGAGCAUUUGAUCUAAGUUGGAACAGUUCUUUGAAAAUGAUUUUGUUAAUGUCUUUCUUAGUGUUAUUUGUUUUGAUUAUGUUGUCAUACUUUUGAAAAAAAAAAAGAAUCACAUGAAUAAAAUUCACUCAGACAUUCAGGAAUGUGAAAAGGGGAUGCACUUAUGAACAGAUGUGUCCAGUGGAAUGGUUGGAUUGGGGGAUUGUUCUUGUUGUGUUUGUUGUUUCUUAGUAUAAAUUUCAUUUACUUGAAUUUAUAGCAAGUGUUCACAUUUGCUAUGAAGUGACUAAAACUAAAAGUACUACGCCAUUUAAUGUUUAAGAAUAAUUAAAUGAAUUCAAUAAAUUAACUGUCAGUUUUGAAAUCAAGAAGCCCGGUCAAAGGCAAGUUACAUCAAUGAUGACAAAGUGCAGUGAUGGCAAAUAUGAAAUUGCUUGUCUGUGUACAUUCCACUACUCAUGUAGAAGUCGCCUACAGCGAAAUUGACCAAAUGAAGGAUGAGGGUGACAUUUUGAAAUAUAAAAUAAUUUUACCAUAAUGGCCUUCUCACUCUUCACAAUCAAGGCACAUUCUUUCCUGUAUGUUCAACUUGUUGUCAUCUCAUUUCUUGUUUAAGGGCUCAUAUGAUGUUACCUCAAGCAGUUGAUUUACCCUUUACAUAAAUACCACAAAAACUGA